UUAGACCAUUAUGAAACCCAAACUGGUAGUUGGCCAUUUAAACUCCACUCUGGCGCUGGGCGGCCUGCGCUGAAUCUCCGACUCCAAGCUCAGGAGCUAUCUCUCACAGUCCUCUCCUUCUCGACCCCAAACCCUAACGAUCGCGUGAUCCCCAGCUAGCAGGCGAAGAUGAUACAGAUGCAGCUCCUGUACACGCUGAUAUUCUCGGAAAUGGCGCUGAUCCUGACGCUCCUGUUCAGGACGCCGCUGAGGAAGCUCGUGAUACUGGCGCUGGACCUGCUGAAGCGCGGGACGGGCCCGGUGAUGGUGAAGACGGUAGCUGUGACGGUGCUCGUCGUGUUCGGAGCCAGCCUCUACAACAUGGUGGAGAUCCGGCGCAGUAUGCCUGACCCCGCGGUCAUGAACCCCACGGAUCAGGUCCUCAUGGCCUGGGGCACGCUCGAGACUUCUCUGAUGGGUUUCAUCUUGUUUCUUGCACUGAUGAUUGACCGCCUGCAUUACUACAUAAGAGAGCUCCGUCUGCUCAGGAAGGCUAUGGAGGCCACCAAGCAACAGAAUCGGGGUGUCGACGAUGGGAAGAAUGGCAGUACGGAGCAGCUCAAGGGCUUGAAGGAAGAGGCAGCCUCUCUGAGGGCAAAGGUCAGCAGCCUACAAUCAGAAUGCGAGAAGAAAGAGAAGGAAGCGAAAUCCGCAGAAGCCGAAGCAGAGGCUCUGAAGAAACAGUCUGAAGGCCUUCUAAUGGAGUAUGACCGCUUGCUCGCGGACAACCAAAACCUUCGGAGUCAGUUGCAGUCAUUCAACCAGCCAUUGUCAAGCUCCGAGGAGAAGAAGAACAUGUAAUGAGGCAACAAAUUUAGUAAAGAACAAAAGCAUCUUUGUAGCUGUUUGUUUCUUUAACUAGUACCUGCAUUGAUUGAGCGAGUAUGAUUUUUGUUGCUUCUCUGUAUGCAUAUACAUACAUACAUAUUAUAUAUAUGUGACUAGGCUUUUAGUGGUGUUAGACUAA